CCAUUGCAGAACUCGCCACCGCACCGCCGGUUACUUAGCCGUUUAAUUAGCACCAAAAUGGCUGCCCACAUCCUGCUCCCGCUCCUCCUCCUCACGGCUGCCUCGCCGGCGGCGUUCGCUGCCUUUGACGUGACCCAGAUGCUCGCCGACAAAUCCCAGUACGGCGCCUUCUCGAAACUUCUGACGCAGACGAAGGUCGGCGAGGAGGCGAACAGGCUCAAGUCGGCGUCACUGCUGGUCCUCCCAGACAAGGCCGUGAAGCCGAUCGCGUCGCUGCCCGCCGACAAGCAGCGGCUGGCCCUCGCCAACCACGUCCUCCUCAAGUACUUCGACCCCAUCCAGCUCGGUGAGAUAAAGGGCCACACCGCCAUGCUCCCCACCCUGCUGUCCAACUCUGACAAGCGCCUCGGCUUCGUCAACUACACCAAGGCUGAGGACGGGCAGAUGUACUUUGGCGCGACCGGCGCGUCCAGCGUCUCCAAGCUCGUCAAGGUCGUCGCCGCGCGCCCCUACGCGAUCUCCAUCAUGGAGGUCAGCGAGGCCAUCCUGCCGCCAGAGAUCUGGGGCUCCGGCGGCCUUGGCGGCACGGUUGGCGGACGCCGCCCAAAGGGAGGUAAGGGAAAGUUGAAGCCCAAGUCGGUCGAUGAAGCGACGGCCAAGUCCGCACCGACGCCAUCAACCGCCGUCCCUAAGUAACGUGGUGGCGUACCGGCCACGACUCUCUCGUCGUCGAAGCCGCCACAUCUUAAUUUGGAUAGCACAAGAACCACGCACAACUAGCUGGAAUGCCACGGCGCAUUACCUCUUUUAACAAUUAAUUAUCCGUUUUAAUUUGUACCCCAGUGUAAUUGGAGUUCGGUUUUUUCAGAUCAACAGAGUUUUGUAUUAGUAUUACUACUGAUUUAUAUCCAUACUUAUCGGACACUUUC